CCAGCAUGCAGAACACAUUCAUCCAGCGUUGCUCCCGUUCGCAAGGUCACCCGAUUACUUGACCAGCUGAGCGGCACCUUUUGCGCGAAGGCCGCCUGGCUCAAACAGGCGCCAUUCGAACUCGUCCAAAAUCAACGGCGCCACUCCCGGCCCCGCAAAAAAACGAAACACUCGCAACGCACAAUGUGACAGCGGGCCGCUGUCACUGCGGGCCGCGUCGCGAACAAGCUGCGCCUCACAAGCCACGCCGACCCUGCAGAGACGUUCCGAAAGCGCCCACGGCAAGAGGAACGACGGGCGAACGCCAGGCAGCCGCGGCGAAGGCGACGCGCGCCGCGGGCGCAAAACGACGUGGCCGAGCGAAUCAUUGCACGGCCCAUGGCGGGCGCGGUCGCGCUUGGCGCGGCGGCAAAAACUACGUUGAUGAAGGGGCCCUGGGACACGCAAGUAAAUAGGUCAACGAGGAGUGGUAAGAGGAGGAAAAGGGGGAUCAGCAGCAGCAGUAAAAAGAAAAUAUCACCGUACGCCAGGCGGCGAAUUGGCCAGUCCAAGUCUUCGCAGGUGCUUCGGCUGACUGGUGAAACAACGUGUGAGACAAUGAAACCCGUGCAAUGCAAGAUGGAUGGAGCCCACACGUUUCUGCGGCGAGGGACGCGGAGGGAAGGGGAGAAGCAACAGAAACCCAAGCCAACAAGACUAUGGAAGGGAGAGAGAGAGAGAGAAAUAGAGCGCCAUGUGAGAGCGCUUGGAUGGUUGGGGAAAAACGUGGCUUCUCGAAGCCAAAGGUGAGUUGGCGUAGUGUUGCUCUGCAGAGUAGCCUGAUGAUACAGGCUCCGCGUCGUGCUAAAUACGGUGCGCCGACUCGUGCUCAUCGAUCUCCGCGUCCUGCUCCGACUCCUGCUCCGGGCCCCAAGAGGCAAAAAAACUGUGCUUUGCUCCAGCGUAUUGCGAGGGAUAGCUGCGCGGCGCGACAGGGAGCGAGGAGGAGGGAGGGAGAUUCUAAGAAGGCCUCAGGCUCCGUGUCGUGCUAGAUCUCCACGACCUGCUCCGACUCGUUGUACUCGUUGUCCUCAACUUCCGCGUUGUCAAUGCCGCGCUUCACCAGGCAGCCCAGCGCGACCAAGAACAAGAUCAAGGCACCAGCGAAGACUGCAAUUAAUCCCCAUGGCUCGGUGGUGGCUGUGGUGCUUGACGUGUCCGAACUCGUGCCCGUAUCGGUGGUCAUCGUGGCCGUCUUGGUGGUCGUCGCGGUGGUCGUCUCAGUUGUUGUCUCGGUGGUUGUCUUGAUGAUGGUAGUAGUGCUUGACGUCGCGGAACUCGUGCCCGUAUCGGUGGUCGUCGUGGCCGUCUUGGUGGUCGUCGCGGUGGUCGUCUCAGUUGUUGCCUCACCGAACACGUACGCGGAGCCUGAAUCUGUGCCCUGGUCGUCGUCACAUAGGCCCCCACCACCACGCGGGCCCCGUCGGAGCUCACGGCCACCGAGGAACCGAAGUAGUCGGAGGCGGCCCCAUCACUCGCCACAAGCUUCAGCAGCCUCUCGCCGGUGGCCCCGUCGAGCACGUACGCGGAGCCAGAAUCGGUGCCCUGGUCGUCGUCAAAUUUGCUCCCCACCACCACGCGGGCCCCGUCGGAGCUCACGGCCACCGAGGAACCGAAACUGUCGUAAGCAGUCCCAUCACUCGCCACAAGCUUCAGCAGCCUCUCGCCGGUGGCCCCGUCGAGCACGUACGCGGAGCCGGGCUUGGUGCCCUGGUCGUCGUCAGCAUAGGCCCCCACCACCACGCGGGCCCCGUCGGAGCUCACGGCCACCGAGGAACCGAAGUAGUCGUAAUCGGCCCCAUCACUCGCCACAAGCUUCAGCAGCCUCUCGCCGGUGGCCCCGUCGAGCACGUACGCGGAGCCAGAAUCGGUGCCCUGGUCGUCGUCAAAUUUGCUCCCCACCACCACGCGGGCCCCGUCGGAGCUCACGGCCACCGAGGAACCGAAACUGUCGUAAGCAGUCCCAUCACUCGCCACAAGCUUCAGCAGCCUCUCGCCGGUGGCCCCGUCGAGCACGUACGCGGAGCCGGGCGGAGCCCUGGUCGUCGUCCAUGUCUCCCACCACCACGCGGGCUUGGUGAUGCUUUCCGAAGGAUUCCUUGUUUGAGGCUUUUAAGUAUGAUCCCUUUGUGGUGUUUUCCAAGGAUUCUUUUUUUGCGAGGCUUUCCAAUAUAAUAUUUUCGUGGUGCUUUCCAAAGGAUUCCUGCUGUGAGGCUUUCCAAUCGAAUCCCUUUGUUGCGCUUUCCAAAGGAUUCCUUUUGUGAGGUUGUCCAAUAGGAUCCUUUUGUAGUGCUUUCCAAAGGCGACCAUGCGAAAAGUUUACGUUUUCCCAUAGGAAUGGGACCAUUUUUGCUUCUUGGACCUCUCUUGGGGUGCCUCUCGGAACGUCUUGGGCAUGCAAAUUGAUUCCCCAAGUGCUUUCCUGCGUAUUUCCCUGAACUGCCCAUCGAAAUUGCUUUGAACACGGGGGAGCCGGCCACAAUUACAGAUUUGUGCAACGCGAUGCUACGUUUCAUUGCCCAUAUUAUGAGAUGAGCAAGGCUAGCAACUGCACGAGUAAGCCUGUUGACCAGAGUCCGUAAGCAAACGCGCGAGUACAUCACAAGGAAAUCGUCGAUGAACAUGGUGAGGUCUAUCUCAGGGUUGUUGGAGCUCCAGGCCCUCGGCGGCGGUAACGAGAAUACCUGGAUAAGGUACCUUGCGCAAGAGCACCCUGCGGCCAUGCCAGUUCUUGGAAAGGAUCAGUUAACGCAUGUGCCUGAAUACCCCCAAAAACUACGCCCCGAGCAUUGGUACAGUACUAUAGCCAAGACUGCUAAUGGAUGUUCCUGCUGCUCUGCACGGUCCCAUAGGAGAUGAUGGUUCACGAGUUCGCAAUACUUGCUCAAACCCCACAGGAGGCACCCCGCAUGCACAUGCACGGACUCUAGGGCUGCAGAUUCAGCCCGUAACCCUUGAAUGAACACGAUUUCCAAGAUGGAGCGGACAGCUUGGUGGCCCAUCAUCUUGCUGAGGCGCGCUCCUUCCCCAGUCCGCGAGACGUCUUGCCUUAUCCUGGCAUAAACACGAUAUUGACUGGGAAGUAAACCGAUCCCUCAAAAGCUAAGCUCAAGCCUACCUGAUCUGGCAUGCGUCUGGGAAUUAGCUUCGUGCGAAUUGCACGGAUAGGGGCGGCAUGAUCCCAAUCUCUUUAAUGAUGCUGAACAGCUUGGCUACGCAACUGAAUUGCUCCAUGUCUAAGAGUGAGUAGUGGUGCCCCAUGUCUGCGCCGUCUCAUUUGAAAGGUUUUCGUUGCCUGAGGGAUGUCGCGGGGAGCGAUGUCCAGGAGAGACCUCCAGCUGCCUUCCGGGCCUUGAAAUGCUUCCUGCGGCGCCUUCUUUGAACGGAUAUAGAUUUUAGGCAACGGCCUUCUUUCUCUAGAAGCUGCGUGGGCCGUGUUGAUUCCUUUAGAUCACCCCCCGUGCCGACGGGCCUUCGCUGGACUCUGAUGUCACUCCACCUGCGAGCCCGCCCCGUCCCCAGGCCCAUUGCCAGACGCACCCAGUAAUUCCAAGAUUUGGCGUGGGAGGUCCAAGACAACACCAUCUCCUGCUCGAUCGCCUCCUAGACCUCUGACAGGAAUGUGUCCAGGGCCUGUGCAGAGACAGUCAGGUCUAAAGGCCAUCCCUGUAGCCGAUUGCGAGCGCACUCACAUAGGCCG